AACAACCAACACAGCUCAACACCUAGUUUACUAGAACAAGGUAUGCAGCUAAAGGCUCAGUUACAUGUAAAAGAGCAAAAAGACAGCUAAAGUUACUGACACAUUUACCAUGCGCCUUUAUAGUUGCUUCCUGAUAACAUAACAUUCGAAAUGAGAUUCUGGUGGAGGGUGAUGAUGAUGUAAGCGGAAUAGAGAGUGCUGAUUGGAGAGUCGGGGAUCCAGGGAAAUCUAUAAAAUAGUUAUUAAAGACAUGCAGGAACAAACCAAGAGGUGGAAAGAAGACUACUAAAUAUUGACCUUCCAUCUAAUUCUGCUGGUUUAACUGGAUUAUUUCAUCUGAAGGGCCUGUGCAGAUGAUGACUGGAUUUAUUUACCUUCUAUGAAAGUCGGUCCUCACAAGGGGACUCUCCUUGGGGACACGGUGCCCCUGUGGUCAGAAAUAGCUGCAUUAUUUCCAUCUCUUUGACCUUUUCUGAAGGGACAUCGGUGGUGAACGUGUCACAGUCUAGGAAGGAAGGACCAUUCCAGUCUGAAUUUUAAAUUCGAGAUGUUUUAUUAUUCUGUUAAUGUUGUGCUCACUGUUAUGUUUGUGUACAUGUGCUUGUUUCAGAUGCAGAUUUGGAAAUGGUUGAUCCUGUCUGUUACAUUUGUGGUCACUACGUCUUACUGCAGUGCCUUGAUGCUUCAGCAAAAGAAUCAAACCGAACACCUGGCUAGUGAGACUCAUUUGGCUGAUAUUACUGGGUACCAGCAAGGUCGCUUUGAGAAUAGCUCAAAAGCACAAGGACUUCACAGGAAUAACCCCGAGUUCAAAGCACCGCUCGACCCCCUCUCCAGGAGCUUUGUGAAAGUAAAGAAAGACAAACGAAGGCAAGGCGACAUGUCCCAGAAACAGCCUGGAGAAAAAGGUUCAGUUGAGCAGAUGAUGCCAGGAGAGAGAAGUGAUUUCAAGAUUCUCAGGCCAGGAGACAAGACUCAACCUGCUGACAAGGUUGUAAGAAGUCCAAUGGAGCAACCACAUACCAAGCUAAAUGGCAGCACAGACAUUUUGACACCUGAAAGAGGUCCAAGUGACCGUGUCAGAACAAGAGUUUCAAAAAAGAGGGGUAAUUUAGGAACAUUUGGCCUCCCAAUUGAUCGCAUUGGACAUUUAUCCCAUAGAAGAGGCUAAAACAAUAAAUAUAUAUUUUUUGUGUU